AUGUUUUAUGUGUUUUAUGAGGGAGCAGCAGCGUCUGUAGAUUUUUCCGCGUGUUGUCGUUCGUCUCGUUCGGCGUCUCGUUCGUCUCGUUCGUCUCGUUCGUCUCGUUCUGGAGCGAGUGACUCUGAGGUUGGAGAUUUAGGGGUCAGAGGUUGUGACAUGUGCGCUGACAACAGAAACGGCGAGUGUCCGAUGCACGGGCCUCUUCACUCCCUGCGCCGCCUGGUGGGCACCAGCAGCACCGCGGCUCCUGUGGCUCUGCCCGAUGUGCCCGACUGGCUCCGAGACCUGCCCCGAGAGGUGUGCCUGUGCACCAGUACGGUUCCGGGUCUGGGUUAUGGGAUCUGUGCGGCGCAGAGGAUUCCUCAGGGGACGUGGAUCGGUCCGUUUCAGGGGGUUCCUCUGCUCCUCGAGAAGCUCCACAGCGGAAUCCUGAGGAACUCCAGACACCUGUGGGAGAUCUAUGACGCAGAGGGGACCCUGCAGCACUUCGUCGACGGGAACGACCCGAGUAAAUCGAGCUGGAUGCGCUACAUCCGCUGUGCGCGACACUGCGGCGAACAGAACAUGAUGGUCGUACAAUACAGGUCGUGUAUCUUCUACAGAGCCUGCAUGGACAUUCCCAGAGGCACCGAGCUGCUCGUCUGGUACAACGACUCGUACACGUCCUUCUUCGGGAUCCCACUGCAGUGCAUCGCCCAGGACGAGAACUUGAACGUUCCGGCGUCGGUGGUGGAGGCCAUGUCUCGUCACGAUUCUCUGCAGCCGUUCUCCAAAUCCUCCAAACCUUCCUCCUCCUCCUCUUCCUCUUCCUCCUCCUCCUCUUCCUCCUCUCCUCCUCUGCUCCUGCGCUCCAUGGUCUUCCCUCAGUCCCCGUCUCGGACCUUCUCGCUCCUGGAUAAGGUGGGCUCGUCCGUGGUCCAGUCGGAUUCGGGCUUUUCGUCUCUGGGCUCCAAACACCAGCGGGUCUUGGCCAGUCCCACGUCCACGAGUCAACUGAGCUCCGAGUUCAGCGACUGGCACCUGUGGAAGUGCGGCCAGUGCUUCAAGACCUUCACCCAGAGGAUCCUCCUGCAGAUGCACGUGUGCCCGCAGAACCCCGACAGGCCGUACCAGUGCGGUCACUGCUCGCAGUCGUUCUCGCAGCCGUCGGAGUUGAGGAACCACGUGGUGACGCACUCGUCCGAUCGACCCUUCAAGUGCGGCUACUGCGGCCGCGCCUUCGCCGGCGCCACCACCCUCAACAACCACAUCCGCACGCACACCGGAGAAAAGCCCUUCAAGUGUGAGCGCUGUGACCGGAGCUUCACUCAGGCCACUCAGCUGAGUCGUCACCAGCGCCUCCCCAACGAGUGCAAACCUCUGAACGACUCCGAGUCCAUCGAGGUCGACUGAGAAACCGCCGCCGACCAAUCAGGAGCCAGCGUCCCACCGCCGACCAAUCAGGAGCCAGCGUCCCACCACCGACCAAUCAGGAGCCAGCGUCCCACCUCUGAGAAACCUCCGACCAAUCAGGAGCCAGCGUCAGAGUUUUGUCGUUUCUGUUCCGGUUCUUUCUCUCGUCUCAGAGCUUCAGAGAGACCAGUGCUUCCAGUUAGCGUCACCCCCCAGAGACUGUGGAUGACAUCAUCACCAGGCCCCGCCCCCAUCUGAGAUUAUGACAUCAUCAAAUCAAACCUGACCGCUCCACGCCGCCCCCUCCUGACCAGGGACGCAACGAUACGGUUUUCCCACGAGCCGAUACGUGUCUCGAUACACGAUUCACGAUAUCGACUCGAUUUUGAUUCGUUUUAAGACGCAAAAAAAAAAAAAAAAAAAAAUCUUUAAAUUUUUUCUGCUGAUGAAUAAAAUUUAAUCACACUGAUAUUAACGGCAAAAAGAGAAACGUAAAA